GAAAGAUUAUUUGCAUUAGGAGAUAUUAUUAAAGGGCUUAAAAAAAUUCAUAAAAAUAAUAUGGUUCAUCGUGAUUUUCAUACAGGAAAUAUACUGUCAUCAUUUAAUGAAUUUAAUGAAUAUUAUAUAAAUACUAAAAAUCCUAUUAGUAAUAUAUAUAUAUCAGAUAUGGGAUUAUGUGGAGAAGUUAAUAAUGUAGAUAAAACAAAAAUUUUUGGAGUUAUGCCUUUUGUAGCUCCUGAAGUAUUAAAACAAAAACCAUAUACUAAAGCAGCUGAUAUAUACAGUUUUGGUAUGAUUAUGUAUUUUGUAGCAACUAGAAGACAACCUUUUGCAAAUUGUGCACAUGAUAGUAUUUUAAUGAUAAACAUAUGUAAUGGAAUUAGACCUGAAAUAAAUGAGCAAGAAGCACCAAAAUGUUACAUUGACUUAAUGAAAAGAUGUUGGGAUUCAAAUCCGGACAAUAGACCAAGUGCUAUUGAAAUAGAAGAAUUAAUUAAA